ACAGGACAAUGUAAUUGCACCGAGGGAUUUUUCGGAUCCGAUUGUUCUUUAGAAAAAUCCCAAUCACCUGUGUUGGCACCAGACUCCUUCAAAGGAGUUUGUGAUACAAGUUUACGGAGUUGUCAUUCAUAUAUUGUACCUGGACUUAAUUUUUUCAAAGGAAAUCUUGUUUGUCGUUUUAGACCUUUCAAGAUUAUCUUGAAUGAAACUGUUGACGGCGGUCGAACUGAGGAAAUGCCAGGAAAAUAUUUUGGUCCAUUUUAUAUGCACUGUCCAGCCCCAGCAUCACGACGAAAACGAUCCAUAACAGACGAAAGUUCUGCUUUGGGUUAUCGUCUUAGCGUUUCCAAUGAUGGAAUGAAUUUUACCCAAGAACUAACCAUCCUGAUUUAUAAUUCGCAAUGCUUGUACUGUAAUUUCACAAGUAUGGAAUGUAUAGAACUGGAUACGUGUCCAGUUGUCUUAGUGCCAGUUGUGGUAAUUAACUCAGAUAGUAACACUCCCUUGAUUGCUGGAUUAUGUGGUGGUUUUGCAACUUUAACUAUUAUAUUACUGAUUGUCAUAGUAACAAAGAAAUAUUCCAAGAGGAGCAACCAAACCCAACCUGCAAUUUCAAGUACAGGACAAUUGAAAACAGCUUACUGAAAUGAAUUCUGAGUAUAUGUAUAAACAUGAAUCAUUCAAAAAAGUAGAAAAGGAC